AUGUCAUUAGCUAGUGGAGGCAAACUCGUUGGCCAACAUUUCCACGUCGUACUCAGCGUAUAUGGCACGACGCCGAGCAGAAGAGGUCUUGUCGAACGCCCUGAAAACGCACCAUCCCUGUUGAAAGAUCGUAAAUGUCGUGCCCAUGGCGGUGAGGCACAUACAGCGAAAGUACUUUUUUCCAGUGCUUAUUACCGUAGCAAAAGUGCCUCGGCGGCAGAGACAGCCAUUACAUCCGCCCAGACCACGCCCAGUCGCCGAGUCUUGCUGGUGACCAGCGAGCCGCUACUCGGUGCUCAAGAAUCGCGAUGGCCGAUGGAGACGACAAGACCUCGCGUAGAGCCCCCUGGCGCGGCUGUGCCCUUUGCUCUUAAUCACAUGCGCGUCAUCGAUUUUCGAGCCACACAACGGCCUACCGUGAUUCGGUCCUGGCAAUCGCGCAAGCUUCGCAAGCGUUACCAGUGCCCUGGGAUACUUUCGUCUACGUAG